AUGGCAGAUGACGGCGCUGCAGCCACAACUACUAUCAGCCACGAUGAUAAGGCUUCAGCUGAAGACAAGGUUUCAGCUGCAGAAGACAACACACAGCCCUCGAAGAGAUUGAAAGUUUCUGAUCCUUCUGAGACAACGGAAACGAUGACCUCUCACCGUCCCGAGCACGACAAGGAUGAAGCAUCAGUAGAAGCGCGCGCCAACACGAGCUCCGUCGAAUCAAGCGCCGGUGACAACGAGGAGCAUGGUAUGAAAGUGUUGAUGAUGGUGUGUCUUGUGGUGGUCCUAGAACACUCGGGAGUUCUCGAACGCCUGUCGAAGAUUCAGACGUUUGAAUGUCAGACUGCGGGAUGUAGCGGGAAGUUGACGAUAGACGAAGACAUAUGUAAAGUCGGGCAUGGCGUGAUAGUGAUCUGGUCUUCUCAUGUUUCUUGGUGCGAUGGUGGUCAACCCCCUUGCAAGCAGACGCUAGGAAAUUCGAAGUUGGACGAAUUUCUUGAGGCGCGAGCAUCCGACUUCUCUCACGAGCCCUUCGCACUGCAAGACGUGAAAGAGAAAGAGGAGAAUGGAGCGAGCAAGCGAGACGGAGCGGAGGACGUCGAAGAGAAGAAGGUUGACAACAGCAAGGCGGACAAGUUCAAGAACUUGCAGGAGGAGAUAGCGAACAUCUGCGAGAAGGAGCAGAAAUAUAUCUUCUGUGGUGACGCGGAGUCGAUGCAAGGAUGGGUCGAGCAUGUCAAGGAUGUGCAGAAACGAUCUUUGCUCUGCGAUCUCAGGCAGACAGUCUCAACCAGCUCCGAAUCGUCUCAGCCUAACGAUACCAACGAACUGUUUGCUGCGGUAGCUCGGGGGGAGAUGGAGAAACUUUGCCGCAUGUUAGCGCAGGAUGCAAGGAGCAACUUUCCUCUGCACUGGGCAGCCUCGGCAGGCAGCACGGCGAUCUGCCGCAUCCUCCUGGACCAGGGAGCCGAUAGCAACGCUGCUUCGGAGAAGGGAGACACACCCCUGCACGUGGCAGCCGCUCAUGGGAGGAUGGGUGUAGUUCAGCUGCUCGUCUCACGAGGGGCAGAUCUUGACAAGCAGAAUCAAGAUGGGAUCACUGCUCGGCAGCUGCUGAAUGUGCUCACGGAGGCGAACUGUGCGUGA